CCUCACGUGACAGCGCCGGGCCCGCGCCAGGCGCCGCGCUCCGAAGAUGGAGGCCAGCGACAGCGAGGAGGAGGAUCUGGCGAGUUAUGGCACCUCCCUGGAGCCUCUGCUCGAGGGUCAACGAAUUAAGAAGCCAGUUCCUCUUCAAGAGCAGACUGUUAAAGAUGAAAAGGGACGAUACAAACGUUUUCAUGGAGCGUUUAGCGGUGGUUUCUCUGCUGGCUACUUCAACACUGUUGGUUCAAAAGAAGGAUGGGCACCUUCAACUUUUGUAUCAUCACGUCAGAAGAGAGCAGACAAAAGAGUCCUUGGACCAGAAGACUUUAUGGACGAAGAGGAUCUUGGUGAAUAUGGGAUAGCACCUAAAGAAAUUACAACAACAGAAGACUUUGCUUCCAAACACAAAGAUAGAAUAAAAGAAAAAGCUAGGCAGAUUGCAGAGGUAGCUUCAUCCAUUCCAGGAGCCACUGCACUGGGUGAUUUAAUUUCACCUGCAAAAAUAACUAUUGGUGUUGAACUGUUGCGAAAAAUGGGCUGGAAAGAAGGACAAGGCGUUGGACCUCGAGUAAAGAGAAAGCCUCGCAAACAAAAAUCUGAUCCUGAAGUAAAAGUGUAUGGCUGUGCACUACCACCUGAUGGAUCUGAGGAUGAAGAGGAUGAAUAUCAGCCAGAGAAUGUUACGUUUGCACCCAAAGAUGUAAUGCCAGUAGAUUUGACUCCUAAAGAGAAUGUCCAUGGACUUGGAUACAAAGGUUUAGAUCCCACCAAAGCAUUGUUUGGGGUUUCAGGAGGAGGAGAUUUCAGUCUUUUUACUGAUGGUUCUGAAAAUACAAGUAAUCUGCUUGGUGAUCUGAGACCUAGUAAAGGAAGAAAACUUGGAAUCUCAGGCCAGGCUUUUGGUGUAGGAGCUAUGGAAGAAGAAGAUGAAGAUAUAUAUGCUACUGAAACACUGUCAAAAUACGAUACAGUUCUGAAAGAUGAGGAACCUGGAGAUUGCCUGUAUGGUUGGACUGCACCAAAGCAGUAUAAAAACAAGAAAGAAGUGGAGAAAGAAGUUAGAUAUAUUGGCAAAAUUCUCGAUGGCUUUUGCUUGGCUUCUAAAUCAUCGGCUCCAAAGAAGACUUACCUACCACCUGAGUUGCCAAGGGAUUACAGACCAGUCCAUUACUUUCGGCCAGUGAUAACAGCUAGAAACGAAAACCCAUUUUUACUUCAGGCAUUAGUUGAAUCAACUGGGAAGCUUGAGACUGAUACUCCACAGGAAAGCAGACACACACUGAAUGCAUCUCAGAGGAGGGAAUUGCUAGGAGAGACUGCUCUGGAAGGACCAUCUCCUUCUGUUUUAGAGUAUCUGUCAGGAAAAGACAGAGAGAGAAUCAAAGAAGUGAAACAGGCAGCUGAACAACAAAUGAAAAUACAAACUUUCUCUCAGCAAUCCGUGAAUAGGUCCUCCUCGUCAGAUGGUGCUCAUCACAAGUGGCAAAUGGUGUUGGGAGGGCAGAUAGCCAUACCUGGUUCUAGUGAUUUCAAACCAUUUGCAAAAAAUCCAGAAAAACAAAAAAGAUAUGAAGAUUAUAUAGAGAGUCUUAAACAAGGACAGAAAGUAGAUACACAAGAGAGUCGUUCAGAUCCAGGGAUGACAGAAUGGGAGCGAGGAAGGGAACGAGAGGAGUUCUUCAAAGCAGCAGUGCUCUACAAAUCCUCCAACUCAAUCCUGUCAUCAAGGUUUACUCGGGCCAAGUAUGAAGAUGAUACUGACAAAGUGGAAGUUCCUCGAGACCAAGAGACAGAUAUUGAUGACAAGGAAUCUGCAGUGAAGAUGAAGAUGUUUGGCAAGCUCACAAGAGAUAAGUUUGAGUGGCACCCUGAGAAGCUACUGUGUAAAAGAUUUAACGUUCCUGAUCCCUACUCUGAUUCAUCGAUUGUUGGGUUACCCAAAGUGAAACGUGACAAGUAUUCUGUAUUCAAUUUCUUAACUCUGUCGGAAUCUUCCACGACAACCGUAACUCAAACAACUGAAAAAAUGCCACAGAAUAUCAAUCCUAACAAGCCAAAGAAACCAUCAAGAUGGGAUGUAUCUGACAAAGAAAAGAAGAGAAAGGAUUCUAUUAGUGAGUUCAUAAGUCUUGCUAGAUCAAAAGUUGAAAAUCAGCAGCAACUACCAGAAUCAACAAAAGAAGAAGCCAGAAAUAGAACAAAAGAACCCCUUACCAAUAAGGUAGUUAAUGAAAGCACAGAUCAGGAAGAAGAAGAAGAAAGCAGACCAUCUAUGGACUUAUUUAAAGCCAUCUUUGCCAGUUCUUCAGAUGAAAAAUCAUCAUCAUCAUCAUCUGAGGAAGAUAGUGAUGAAGAGGUGCAUCAGCCAACUUCUGCUGUUCCAGACUCAGAAAGUGGCAGUCAUGCUAAUCCACCAGAUACCUCUGUAUCUGAGGUACAAGAAAAUAUGGCUGUUACAAAUGAGCCUGACUUUGUGCCACCUCUUUUGAAGGAGGAGCUGAAUAAGGGAGAGGAAUUUGGACCGAAGUUGCCUCCAGUUUUCUUUUCUAAGACUACUCAGAAGCCUGAGUCAGUACUUCUGUCAAGUUCUCCUGAAGUCAAUAAGAAAGAGAAACAUAAAAAGAACAAAGAAAAAUACAAGGCUAAGAGAGAGCACAAACAUAAAAAGGAAAAGGUUAGGAAAAAGAAACAUAAGAAGCACAGGCACAAAGGCAAACACAAGAAUAAAAAAUCAGAGAAAAGCAGUAGCUCAGAUACUGCUGAUAGUAGUGACAGCCUUAGUGAUGUGGAGAAGAUCACAAAUUUGUCACCCCAGGAAUUUCUACAAAGGCUGAAAUGCCUUCCUGCAAGAAAGCAGUAACUUGUUUCUUCAAUGCUAUAUGACUUUUGAUCUGAAACUUUGAUUUCCUCCAUGAUGGAAGAUCAGUAAUGUAUAAAUUGCACUGUAAAUGUUGUAUUUAUGCUGAACAUAUAUUUGAAAUAAUAAAUUUAUACAUUUGUGAUGUUUUAUCAUUUUGAACCUUAUGAAUUAUGGGAUGUUGGAAAGAUACUUUUGAUAAUGCAUGCUAGCAAUAAAAAAACAGUAAUAGCUUAGGUGCUAAAUUUAUUUAAUGUGAGGGCUAUAGGUAGCAAGGACACAUGAAUGAAAGUAGGAUUUCUCCAUUUCACCCCUAUGUUUUACUUAAAGGUUGACUCAAAAUAGUGACUCCUUGGCUGACUUCAGAUAUUUUAAUAAACUAUAUAUUACAAAUUUG